AUGGCGGACAAGAUGGACAUAGAUGCCGUCAACGCGGAGAAGCAGGAAGAGAGCGUCGGACCAGCACCAGACCUGCCUCCGGAGCGCAUAAUCAUCAACAACCUCCACUUCAUCAACCAGGCCGUGGACAACUUCGACUCGAGAUUCACACUACGCGCGCUCCGGAGCAUAGCAACAUUACGGAAGUCGGACAAGUUCGCAGAGGCGCUGGUGGUGGGCAUUCGGACAGCAUAUCCCAAAGCCUCCAACAAGGGCAGACAAAUCCUGGAGGAGCUGCUGCCCGAGUCACAUCAGGCGAACGGCACUGCGGCAGGCAAGGAAAAGGACACAGCAGAAGAGCAGACACAUCCCGAGAUCUGGGCCUACCUGGGUGUUUUGGUGCAGGUCUAUCUCUACGACAACGGCGAGUUCGAGAAGGGCGCCGACUUCAGUGAGAACUUCAUCGAGCGAAUCCGAAGCUGGAACAGACGUACUCUCGACCAGAUUGGCGCAAAGGCAUACUUCUACUAUGCCCUGUUCCACGAAGAGCUGGACCCAAAGCCACCGUCAAAGCAGUCACCCGUCAUCGAUACACGGCCGAAGCUGCUCGCAGCUCUGCGAUCAGCAGUGCUUCGCAAGGAUACUGACACCCAGGCCGCCGUAACCGUCCUCUUGCUGCGCAACUACAUCAGCACCGCCGAUAUCACACAAGCCGAUCUCCUCGUCGCGCAAACACAAUUCCCAACAUCCGCAUCGAACAACCAGGUAUGCCGGUACCUGUACUACAUCGGCCGCAUUCGUGCCAUCCAGCUUGCCUACACCCAAGCGCACGACCACCUCGAAUCCGCGACACGAAAGUCACCCACCAAUGGUCCGGCAGUUGGCUUCUACCAGCAAGCCACUAAGCUGUUGAUCGUGGUGGAGCUCCUGAUGGGUGAUAUCCCCGAGCGAUCGAUCUUCCGACAACCUGCCCUCGAAUCCGCCCUCUACCCAUACCUCAAGCUUGUCCAAGCUGUGCGCGUUGGUGAUCUACAGGCAUUCCUCAAGUGUGUCAGUUUGAACGAGCAACAGUUCCGCAAGGACGGCACAUACACGCUAGUCCUCCGCCUUCGUCAAAAUGUUAUCAAGACCGGUGUGCGCAUGCUGUCGCUGUCAUACUCGCGCAUCUCCCUCCGAGACAUUUGCACGCGCUUAGGUGUGGAUUCAGAAGAGUCGGCUGAGUACAUCACGGCAAAGGCCAUUCGUGAUGGUGUCAUAGAGGCUUCGCUUGAUCACCAGAAUGGUCACAUGGUCACAGUGCCACAGAAAGAUGCCUACAGCACAACCGAGCCGUCGGAUGCCUUCCAUGCACGAAUAAGUGCUCUCUUGGGCAUGAGGGAUGAGUGCGUAAUGGCCAUGCGAUACCCGAUGAACAAGAACCGCCAGGAGCUUGCAGAGGCAGCCAAGGCUCGUGACCGAGAACGCGAGUUGGCUAAGGAGAUUGUUGAGGGAGAAGGCGACAUCGAUGAUGGAGAUGACGGUGGUUUCGAGGGUAUGUAG